AUGGUAUUAUCAAAUUAUUCAUCAUCAGAUAUUAUAAAGCGUAAGGCUAUUAAUGCAUUUGGAUAUCUCAGUUCACUUUAUGAUGGCUAUCGAGAUUGUUUAAUUGUACAAGUUAAUAGAAAUGUUCCGAAACAAUCGUUCAAGUCAUCUAGAUCAGCUAAAUGCAUAAUUAUAAAUGGUAAUUCAGAUGCAAGUCAUAAUAUUCUUCGAACUAUUGAUAUUGAAAAUGAUUUACGAUUAAGUUUAUUAUUGAACUUAACACCAAAGAUUGGAAUAGCUGCAAUUUUGAAUUAUUCUUAUCGAAUAAAUGAAUAUACACGUUUUUUAUACUAUUCUUGGAUCGAUCGAGAAGAACAAGUAUCUAAUGAAAUCAUAAGAAAUUUGAAAUUAAUCGAUUCAAUCAAGCCUGAAAUUUCUGCUACUCAUAUAAUUACUGGUAUCAACUAUGGAAUCGAUGUUCUUGUUGUUUUGCAAUUACCAUCAGAAACUGGUUUGAUUUCUGAAAUUGAUCAUACACUUCAGAAAAUUACCAGAUCUCUAUCGAAUGAUAAUGACAUUGUUUCAUUGUUAACUAUUGAAGAAAAUGAUCGACUCAGAAAAAUUACUAAUAUUACAAUUUACUCAAACAUACCUGAUUUAACUGCUUUAAACAACAUUUCUAUAUUUCUUGAUCAACUACAAAAAAUUCAGAAAAAAUUCAACUCUUAUCCUCCGAUAACCUAUUUUCUUCAACCACUUACAGUAGUAUAUUCUCAACAUAUGAGAAAUAAUAUCAAGUUUAAUAUAUUACCUUCAGAAGUCAAUAACAAUCUCGAACAAUACAUCCUUCACAAACGAGAAAUGAUAAUAAACUUUACGAAAUCUUUUCCGAAAGAUCUUCAAAAGUUCUUCUCUGGAUAUCUUGAUGUAAAACUUUUUGAUGCAUAUAAACAAAGUUUACAUAUGAUGAAAGAAUACUUAUUCGAAAUCGAUCAUUUAUCAGAAUUAAUAAUCGGUUUUCGCAAUGGUCACGUGAAAAUCUCCGCUAUCGAUGAUGUGUUAAGCAACAAAAAACAAAUCAUAUUAAAAAAUGAACGUACUGAAUUAGUUCAGAAUCUAAACGAUUUAGAAACAAAAGCUAAUUUAAUAAAUGAUUUAUUCAAUCAAAAUUUUCGUUAUUGUAAUGUCGUCGAACGUGAUAUAAAUAAACAUGAUAAUGAAAAUACCAUCAGAACGAAAUUAAUUGAAACUGAUAAUCGUGAUCGAGUUCUCUGUUCCGAUGAUACUUUGAAUCAAAAUAAUCAAGAACAAUUCAAUAAAUUACGAUUUUAUUUGAUACAAGAACAACAACGAAAUUCAAACUUACGUCUUAUCUAUGCUGAUUUUUCCUAUUGUUCUUACAAAUUACAUAAUAUGUUUAUUUUAUCAUCAAAUAAUAACACAAACUUAUCAAACCAGAAUUCAUAUUCAUCAUUCAUAAAUUCACCGAUUAUUGUUUCACUACCUCCUAGAGAACAGCCUUUCAUACCAUCAACCAGAGAAGUACAUCAACAUCGUCCAUCAGCAACAACUGAUGAAAUUAUCAAUAUUCUCCUUCUUGGUGAAACAGGAGUUGGUAAAUCAACUUUUAUCAAUGCUUUUGCUAAUUACCUUAGAUCUAAUUCACUUGAACAAGCACAGUUUAGUGAACCUAUCGUAUUCAUUCCUAUUUCAUUUGUUAUGACUAUUGGUAAUCAUUUUGAAGAACGUACAGUCAAAUUUGGUAAUAUGAAUGAUUUAUAUAAUGAAGACUUUAAUCAUCCUGGUCAAUCCGUAACGCAACGUUGUAAAUCUUACAUAUUUAAUAUUGAACGUAGUGAUAAUAAUAAUCGAAGAAAAAUACGCAUUAUUGAUACACCUGGAUUUGGUGAUACACGAGGUCUUGAUCAAGAUGAACACAAUAUGGAACAUACUUUACAAUAUAUCAAUAAUCUUACACAUUUGAAUGCUAUUUGUUUUCUUCUUAAACCAAAUGUAUCAAGAUUAAAUAUCUUUUUUCGUACAUGUCUUAUUCAAUUAUUUUCUCUUCUUGCUCCAACAGCUCGUAAUAAUAUUAUUUUUUGUUUUACUAAUGCUCGAUCAACAUUUUAUACGCCUGGAAAUACAGCUCCAUUACUGAAGGCAAUGCUUGCAUCAUCUUCGAUGAAUGAUAUUUCUUUCAAAAAAGAAAAUACAUUUUGUUUUGAUAGUGAAGCUUUUCUAUAUUUAGUUGCUCUACGAAAUCAAAUUUCAUUUACUCAUGAAGAAAAACAUGAAUAUGAAAUGAGUUGGUCAACAUCAGUAAAAGAAUCUCAUCGUCUUAUUGAUUAUAUUCGUAACAAUUGCAUUCCUUAUUAUAUACAAAGUGAAUUUCAAUCAAUUAAACGUGCUCAAUUCGAAAUCUCUUAUAUGAUUCGUCCAAUAUUAGAAACAAUAAGAAAUAUUCUGCGAACUAUUAUUUUAUCUAAGAUGAAUAUGCAACAUAUAUCAAUUGAACUAUGUCCAAAACCUGUACUUCGUUCAACUGCUGUUUGUUUCUCAUGCAAGCCUCAUAUUGUUCGUAUUGGUCCCUUUUGGAUUGCAUCAGAUUCUUUACAUGAAUUCCAAAAUAAAUGUUAUACAUGUUCAUGUGCCUCUCAUUUUCAUAUGCCGAUUGACUAUAUAUUAGACUACAAAAGUAUAAAUAAUCCUUCAAGUUAUCGUCUAAGUGAAAUAAACGAUAUGCUACAUCGAAUAUAUUUUGCAAGUGCUGAACUUUCUCACUUUCUUAUGCAUGGUGCUUGUUCUACGAAAGAUGAUCAAUUUAUGUUAGGUUUAAUGCAAAUGAUUCGUACAGAGAAGAAUAUUUGUGCAGAGCGAAAAUCCAAUCAAAUGAAUAUGCAAUUAAUCACAGAAUUAGAAAAAGUUCAAUAUGAAUAUGAGCAACGAAAACGUGAAGUAGCUUCAAAUCAAGAUCGAAAGACAUUGGCCAUUAUUUAUGGACAAAUAAAGAUGCUUCGAAGUUAUCCAGAAAUAUGUGAACAAAUGCUUGCUGUCGAACAAGGACAAAAAGAAAUUAUGAAACAAACUGAAGUUGUCUUAUAA